GCCAAGUUCAUCCUCCAGGGGGGGAGAUCCUAAGGCCGGGCGCCGAAAAGGGGAAGAAAGGAGGGCAAGGCUCGGGCCCCGGGAGAGGCGCCUUGGGCCGCUGGGCGGGCGGGGCGGGCUCGGGGAGGGCCGCCCGCCGCCCCCCCCCGGCUGCGCCCGCCGCAAACUUUGUGGCUCCCCUUCCCCGGUGAUGUAUGGAAACUAUACUGCAUUGUGGGUGUCGGUAUAAGGGACGGCCAUAUUUGCCGGUGCCGGCGGAGCCGUAAACAAAAGUGGGCUGGGGAGCCAGGGCGCGGAGGCGCUCCACCGCAUCGCGGGACCUGCGGGCUCCGGGCGCCGCUCGCCUCCCCGGGCAUGUCUUACAAGCCCAACUUGAACGCCCACAUGCCGGGCGCCUCCCUGAACCCGGGUGGGAGCGUCCACUCUCCUUCUGCCAGCAUGGCGGCGUCCACCCAGUACCGGCAGCUGAUCAAUGACUACGGACCGCCAUCUCUGGGCUACACCCAGGGGACCGGGAGCAGCCAGGUACCCCAGAGCAAGUAUGCGGAACUGCUGGCUAUCAUCGAAGAGCUAGGGAAAGAGAUCAGACCCACGUACGCAGGGAGCAAAAGCGCCAUGGAGAGGCUAAAGCGAGGGAUCAUUCAUGCUCGAGGAUUGGUCCGGGAAUGCCUGGCAGAGACCGAACGAAAUGCAAGAUCCUAGCCCCCCACUUCACUUCCAAAGUUUUCCAUUUCUUUGUGAAGAAGAAAGAAUAACACUUAUUCCUCUGGUGACUUUCAAAACAUUCAUAUCAAUCCCUUAUUUUGAAUGGUCUAAAAGUUUGGGUUCUUUCCCCUUUUCUUGCUCCCAUCCCCAUCACAGUCUAUAAGAGUAGAAGAAAAGGCAAUUUUGCAGUUUGCAUUAUAAGUAGUUAGGAACAAUCUAGGUCAUUUUUUUUUUUUAAAUUUUAAAAGCAUCCAGUCCAAAAACUGCAUGUAGAAAGUUCUGCUUACAUUGCUGCCAACUAUAGUUUACUGCCCUGCUAACCUGCCCCCAUCUUUGAUUUUCUUGCUUUGAGUACACUUAAAACCACCCAAGUUGUUGAUUGUUGUUCUUUGCACCUUUUCCAGAAUCUCCAAUAACUCUUAAGGAUUUUUUUUUCCAUGAAUCGGUGCCAACUGCAUGUUCUGCCGGGCAGUUGGGGAUCUUCCAUUUAGGGCUAUGUGAGACCCUGCUUUAAAAAAUAUUUUUUUUUUGGUGUGUGAGCAUUUGCAUGAUUGUUCGUGCUUUGAGGUCAAUUUAAAAUGCAUGAGUUAUAAAUACAAAGGACUGAUCAGCCUACUAAAAAAUUAAGAACCCAGAUAGUUACUUUUCAGAUGAAGACUGUAGAUUUCAGGUCUUGAAUUUGCUAUAGAAUGAUUAAAAAAAAAAUCUGGAUAAAUGACUAAAACUGUUACGUGCAUCUUUGUAUGUAUUUAUUACUUGAUGUAAUAAAGCUUAUUUUCAUUAACAA